AUGGAAUGGGCAGGCAGGAGGAAACUUAAGGAGAAAUUGGUUAAAGGUUGUGUUUUUGAUGGGGUUAGAUUUUGUAAGUCUAAGCUAUGGGAGAUUAAGCAUCAUGAGUUUGAGUCUAUUAUUGUUGGUGGAAAUUCUGGUGUAGUUCAUCCUUCCACCGGAUACAUGUUGGCUAGAACAAUGGCUCUAGCACCUGUUGUAGCUGCUUCUAUUUAUGAGUGUCUUGGCUCCACAAGUAUGAUAAGAGGGAAAGAUAUUUAUGCUGAUGUUUGGAAUAGCAUGUGGCCUAUUGAGAGCAGAGUUGGUAGAGAAUUUUACACUUUUGGAAUGGAGACUCUAUUGAAGCUUGACUUGAAUGAAACUAGGGAUUUUUUGAUGCAUUAA